AUUGCACUUUCUGGUUGCGAUGGAGGCGCCAGCGUGGCAAAGCCAGCUGACGACAACCGAGACGUCGCCGACGCCCGACGUCGUCAACGAGUACCACAUCAAGGAUCUCUUGGGCCGCGGAGCGUUCGCCAAGGUCAAGCUCUGCGAGCGCGUGGUCGAUGGCGCGCCGCCGCGCCCCUUUGCGCUCAAGAUUCUGUCCAAGCCCGCGCUCGCCAAGAUGAAGGAGUACGUUCGUGAUGACACGAGCAUGCGCGCCGUCACGGCGCUCGAGAAGGUGGAGGUUGAGAUUGCCAUCAUGGCGACCUUGUACCACCGCAAUGUCGUGCUGCUCUUCGAAGUCAUCAACGAUCCGCGGAGCGACAAGAUCUACCUCGUGCUUGAGCACAUGGCCAAAGGGCCGUGCAUGGUAUGGCGAGCCGCCUCCAAGCUCUUUGAGAGCCCGAUCACGGGAGGCGUGCUGCAUGAAGACUUGGCUCGGAACCACGUGCUGGACCUACUCCACGGCGUUUCGUAUCUGCAUGGACGGGGUGUCUGUCAUCGCGACAUCAAGCCCGACAACCUCCUCCUCAACGACGAAGACCGGUGUCACCUGUCGGACUUUGGCUGCGCGCAGACGUAUGCUCCUGGGUCGCUUAUCACGGACACGGCGGGAACGUUCGAGUUUUGGGCCCCCGAGUGCUGCAACGGCGCGCCGUACGAUCCGUUCAAGGCCGAUCUGUGGGCGAUUGGCGUCACGUUCUACAUCUUUCUCUUUGGGAAGCUGCCGUUUCAAGCCGAGAGCCCAAAGGAGCUCUUUGAGCGCAUUGUGGAGCAACCGAUAGAGGUGCCUGCGACCGAGGUCUCCCCCGACGCGAUCGAGCUGCUGCAGAGCCUCUUGGAGAAGGAUCCGAGCCAGCGCAUGACGCUCGAUAUGAUGGAGUAUCAUCCGUGGCUUCUCGCGCUUCCGCCCGAGCCAUUAACGUUUUAAUGCUCACGAACGACUUC